GCGCGGACGCGGGCUGCCAGGUCUGGCACGGAGGGAGCAGGCUGCUUCCUGGGCUGGUUCCUGUGAUGGUGGCUGGGUGUCCCAGGCGGAUCGGGUGUCAUCGCUGUGUCCGUUCCGUCUCUCAGAGCAAAUAGCCGGCUUAUGGGAUCUUAGUUCCCUGACCAGGGAUGGAACCUGGGCCCUCGGCGGUGAAAGCGCGGAGUCUUAACCACUGGACCACCAGGGAAGUCCCUGGGCCCUAAAUUAAAUUGGUCGCUGUGCAGAGUCAGGAUUUUAGGUUUGGUCGAAAAGAUGCUAAAAGCCAGAGGUUCGUGUGCCGGAUGCACAGUGAGGCCAAGCAAACUGAAAGACCAGAGUCUGGAGCAAAAGGUGCAGCGAGCCGGCUGCGUCCGGUUGGCAUCGGUCCGGGUGAGGCCCAGGAACCAGCCAGCAUCUUCACGCCGUGGUGCUGGUACGGAGUCCACUCUGAGUGAUGCCGCCUGGGUGGCCGUAGGCUGCCCGAAGCCCUGGGCACGAUGUUUGCGCGAGGGCUGAAGAGGAAGUGCGUGGAGGACGAGGAGGCUGCGCCCGCGUACAGUCUGCAGCGCCAGUCGCUCCUGGACAUGUCGCUGGUCAAGCUCCAGCUGUGCCACAUGCUGGUGGAGCCCAACCUGUGCCGUUCGGUCCUCAUCGCCAACACGGUCCGGCAGAUCCAAGAGGAGAUGACCCAGGACGGGAGCUGGUGCGUGCCGGUGCCCCAGACCGCGGGGCGGGCGUCACGCGACCGCCUGGUGUCCACGGAGAUCCUGUGCCGCUCGGCGCGGGAGGGGGCGCGCCCGGCCCCUGACCCCGGAGACCCGGCCUCUGAGCUCCAAGUGGUCCCAGCAGCACAGGCUCCCGGGGCCCCUCCCGGUGGCGUUUGGGACGGGGACGGUCCUCGAGAAAACAGAGGAAGCUUUCACAAGUCGCUCGAUCAGAUAUUUGAGACACUGGAGAGUCAAAGCCCCGGUGCGGUGCAGGAGCUGUUUUCCGACGUGGACGGCUCCUACUACGACCUGGACGCCGUGCUGACCGGCAUGGUGGGCGGUGCCAAGUCGGGCCAGGACGGGCUGGAGGCCUUCGCCGCCACGGCCGCCCCGCCUCCCAGCGCCGGCUGCAAGUCGGACCUGGGCGAGCUGGACCACGUGGUGGAGAUCCUGGUGGAGACCUGAGCCGCGGCCGCGGCACACAGCAGAUGUGUUUGCGAGGCCCACGAAAGCAGCCGGCGCGCUGGGGGUGUGGGUGCCCGCUGCCCUGCAGCCGGGGCUGGCCUCUGGUUUGUCUGCGAUUAGGAGACCGACCCAGAACAGCAUCCGGUCCGCCCGCUCCCCCCCUCUCUCCCUCCCUCCCAGGGCUGGGCUGCUUUCCUGCAGGCCGGUCAUCGCGGCUGCCCUGGGCCCUCGUCUGUGUCCUGCUACAGCCCCGCUGGAGGAUGCCAGCCCCCUUCCGCAUCCAGCCUCAUCCAACUUUAGUUAGGUGAAUUUUCUAAAAUUAAGUUUUAUAUGUUUUGGGCAAUAUUUUGUCUUAAGAUAUAUUUUUAAACUUUUAAUACUUUUAUCACUUUAGAUUUUUUUAGCUAUUUUCUUAAAAAUAUAUUUUUUCUAUAAACAUCCUCUGCUGCUACAUUAGAAACUUUUAUAACCUAAACAGUUGCAGUUGGUGUAUUUCAUUUUUUUUAAGGUUUAACACACACUGUUCUUUUUCCAACAAGCGUCACUGCCGUGAGUCUGCAGUGUCCACACAUGGUGAUCUCCACUUUAGACUCGGGUGUGCGCCUUGCCCAUACCCACUGCUGCGGUCAGAGCGAGGUCAGAGUUGAAGGCCUUGCACGGUGGUGCCUUUACCAGAUCUGCUGUGCGAGCCACGUCUCUGUUAGACUUCAGUGUAGAUUUUGGAGGGUUUUAUUUAUGCCUAUUUAUGUAUAAGUGUCUUCAGAGCCGACGGUCAGGUACGGUCUACCUGGAGAUCAUGCGCGCCCUGAGGUGUCUUGGGCGGUGCUUCCAGAGGGUCUGUGACUCGGGGCCCCUCCUGCGCGGGUUCCCAGCACAGCUGACCUUCCUCCCGAAGAUGCUGCCCUCCGCGUGCCCCUGCCUGGCCGGGCUGCUGGACCCGCGUCAGCAGGGCCAGUGUGCCAGUGUGUUUGGGGAAGGCGUGUGUCCGUGCGCCACUGGAUUGGAGAAUGGUGGCAUAAAUUUAAGUCUAGGGUUAAAGAAGUCUGUACACAUGUCAUCUGUGGGCCCUCGAUCUUGAGGGUCGUUGACGGUCGGGUUGGCUGGGUGGUGUGUGUGCCCUGUGACCCUGCCCCAGGCACCGAGACCGCGCGCGACUUUUAGAUCUUUUUCACUUGUUUGCAAGUGAGACUGUACUCUCUCUGCACACCCACCCCACGUUUCCCGUUUCUCGUGCCUUUUCUUCCUUCUCCAGCCCUUAGCCAAAAAGGGUUGUUUUCUUUUGCGCAUAUGCCAUUCUUAGUGUCAGUGGUGUGCACCUCAUUUUAUUAAAAAAUUAUCCAACAAAGUGGAAAUGUGUUGUCAAUUAUCUACCAUGUCGUAGUCCUCAAGUGGGUCUUUUUACCCUAGUUGAGCUCAGCCAGAUUAUCUAAGGGAGACUGUGGGGCUGCGAAGGGAUUCCACGUAGGUUGUUGACAGGCAGGCUGUGGGACGACUUCAUCACCUGACCUCGCAGGGCUCUGAGGCAACUCUCCCUCUCCCCACCCCAGCUCUUGUGGCAGAAGACAGGUGAGGGACAGCGCCCUUGGAUUUGGGCCGAUGGUGGGAGCCUAGCCCGGUCAGGAAGCUGUGGGUGAGAGGCAGGCUGUGGCUCUCAACAUCCAAGGGUUGCUUCCUUCAGAGUUUGAAAGUAUUUCCUUGUGGAAAGUAGCUUAAGUGUAUGUUUUAUAAGCAACAAACCUAAAGCGGUAUUUUGUGUCUUUAUGGCAUUUCUAUCUUUUUAAAACAUUUGCUCAGUUUCAGGGUAGCUACAGUGUCUUAUCUGGCAGCCUUCCGUAGUAUGACACAGGCAGGGCUCAAGGUGGGGAGCGGGCAGCGCCUAUAGCCAGGCUUCGGCUUUAGGGUUCCCAUCCCCUGAGAGGCUGAGACCCCAGCCUCCUUUCUGCCCCUGCUAGUGACCCCUCCUUCCUCCCUUUGCUCUUCGGGUUCUUUCCAGCCACCCACUCAUUUCGGCAGCUCCCUUGAGGUGCUGAUGGCCUAGACGUCCCGGGCAGGGCGAGGUGGGGCCCUGCUGGACACCGAUUCCUCUGGAAGCAUCAGAGUUUCUCCAGAGAGGGGCAGAGGCAGGUGGCCAGUUGCUGACGAUGGAUUUGAAUUGAAUAUGGAAGUGCGGGGCGGGGUGGGGCUUUGAACUCCCGUGUGCGUGUGGUCACGUGUUUGUAAACUUUGGAAAAGGAAGGCUGCUGCCUUCACCCCACCACCUCUCCUGGGCUGGUCCUGGGCUCCGGGUAAGGAAGCUGGGUUUGUGGGGAGCGAGUCAUGGUGUGUGUUUGCAGUUGCUUCUGAGCACAGCUGAGCUCCGGCCAGCUCCUCCCCCGGAAGGACUUGGAAUUCGCUUGCUGCUGUCCGCAGCGCCCGAUGUCCCGGGAGCACGUGGAGGGAGGGGAAGUGGGGUUUCGUGGAUGGAGGCAGCAGCCAGCCCUCGAAAGGAAAGACUCCGGAGGGGUUCCCAGCCCUGAGGACAGUUCAAGGUACAAGCCUUGGCCAGUGGCAGGUCCUCACACUGAAACUUCUGAACCGUCGCUAAUAAACAUACAUUGAGUUAUCUUUAUGGACAGUAAGUGAUAUGAGACUAUCAUCACACGAGGAGGUGAUUAAAAAGCUCGUAGGCAAUGCAGGUUGAAGUACUGAGAUGUGUCAGGCAGUGAUUAAUCCCAGUUCUGUUACUUUUCUGGAGUUUGUGAAUUCCACUCUAAGCACUGCUUGCGUUGCUUCCCUCCAUAUUUUGAUGUUGUAUUUUCCUCGUCAUUCAUUUUUAGAAUAAACGUUGUCACGUGUC